UUCAGAUGGGGAACGCUUAAGAAACGUUGCGAGCACCAAUCGCCCUCCAGAAUUCUAAAGAUCAUUAUGUGUCAUCUGCCAACUCAUCAACGGGCUCCUCUCCUCCAUUGCUGUCUGCUUUUGAGAAGUCUGCUAUCGACACCGAUUGACCUGAGACGAUCCAGCCGUGGCAUGGGAGCCAUGUCUACAACAAUCAGUCAGUCUUUUUGCUUCGGCUCAGUAUCGCAAGUCGUCGGUAUCGUUCGGGUCCUAUGCCAGGUCUGGGGUCAUCACGGAUUUAAAUGCCAUGGAUGACUCAACAAGUCCCAAUGUCUUUUACCGAGGGGUUGGUAGCGAUUCCUGUUGGAAGCAGCCAUAACCUUGCGAGACGAAAAGGCGGAGGGACAGGUCGUAAAGUACACACCGUGUACAUGCGUACUUCGCUGCCAAGCAGGUACUUCAGUGUGCAACUCGAUUACCUUCUGAAUUUGAAAAAGAUGUUGGUAGGGUCCAGCACAGUACAGCGGCCUGCGACCAUAUUAUCGUGUGGAUUCAUUAUGAGGACGGUCACUAAGAGGUGCGGCUUGAUGACGGAGAUUUCUCGCUCGAGUUAUGGACAAGCAGUCAAACUAAUGACCCACUCACUUGCCUUAUUUGGUAUGCAAAUCGUUGUCUGCUUCGCUAGAUUGUCGGUUCAUUAUUUAUGGCGAAGUAAGUUCAGCAUGCACCGCACGAUCUGCCCGCUUGUUCCAAGAUCUCGAUAUCGACACCUUCGAACUGUCCGCCUGGUGAUGCCGGACAAGUGUGCUUCGCUCUUUACACUACAGGCUUGGUGCGGGUGAGACAUAGGUUGAUCGACCCCUUAUUCUAAUAAUCACAUGGCAACCCUCGCCUCGUCAGGGCCCAGAAGCCAAGAAUCGCGGCUCCUCAGUCUCAUGGCUUCUUGAACACAUACUUGGUGCGGUUCUCGUUACCAUUGAUUUACAUUUCAGUCCAUAUAUACUAGUGUAUGUAAAGCGUGUAUCAAGGCCCUGUUACCUUGAAAGUGAAGCAAAGGUGCGGCACCGGAUAUUCCGCACGCGGUAUGG